GUCGACGAGGCCAGCGUCUCGAAGGUCGGGAAGGCUAAGGUCGACGCGGCCGACAAGGGAAAAACCUUCACGGAGCUGAAGAGGUGGGGGGAUCGGUGCACGGUCGAGGGGUGGACGGGGAAGCUGGUCGGGCUCGCGUGGAAGGGCGGCGCGGUGGAGGAGACGCGGCACUGGGCGCCGCCGCAGGGCGUCGGCAAGGACGAGGACAAGGCUGGCGGCAACGCCAGGGACGGCGCCAAGGACGAGGGCGACGCUGGCGGCAACACCAAGGGUGGCGCCAAGGACAAGGGCGGCGGCAAGGACAAGGGCGACGCCGGCGGCAACACCAAGGGCGGCGCCAAGGACAAGGGCGGCGGCAAGGACAAGGUGCUGCAGGUCAUCAACGAGCUGAACGGCUCUGCGAACAUGUUGCAGCUGGACGAAAUCGUCGACACUAACCAGGUGAAGGCGCUGAUCACCAGGGCCAAAGGUGUGGUCAGCACGGUCAGCGACCUGGGCAUCGUCCAGCAGUAG